ACAACACCUCUGGACAAACGAGAAAAACCGCACCCGCCCAUCCUCCCUACCUCCUAGUUCCCUUCCGAAUCCAAACAAAGGAAAACCACAAGUCUCUUCCCGAAUUCGAGGAACAGCACACACCGCGCAACGACACCCGACCUCACCGAAUAUCCCCACGCAAACAUGUCCAUCAUUCGCGAGCACACGCAGGCGACGCUAAGCGACGCGUGGCGCACCAUCAACAUCGACACGCUGCAGGAGGAUUCAUCGGUCAACUUUGACACGGCGACGCUGCGGCCCCCGCAGCCCGAGGUCAGCGAGGCCGACGUGCGGCAGCUACAGGCCCAGGUGCGGCAGCUGCUGCGCGGGGGCGACCCCGAGGGCGCUCUGCGCGGCUGUCUCGAGGCGCCCGCCUACGGCGGCAACGACCUGGCGCGCGAGGCCGCCCUGCAGACCGUCAUCGAGGUGCUGCAGAGCAUCAAGGCGAGCGACAUGACUCCUAUGCUGCAGCGGAUCUAUGGCAGUCCCGGGGGGAGUGAGUGCUUGGAUGUGUUGAUGAAGUAUCUAUACAAGGGCAUGGCUGCCACGUCCUCUUCGACCGGCGGCGCGCCGCGCACACCGACACGUAUGACGCCCCAGCCGACCGGCUUCAGCCAGAUCGGCCCGCGGCCUGGCGGUUCUGCCGAAUCGACGGGCGCUGCCAUGAGCGUGCUGCUCAGCUGGCACGAGAAGGUGGUGGAGGUGGCGGGGCUGGGGUGCAUAGGCCGGGUCAUGACCGACUGGCGGAGGGUAUAA